CGUAGUACUGAGGUCAUACCCGCACCUGAUUUUUCUGGCGCCGUCAAAUAUAUAUCACUGAGUCGACUUUGUAUCUCGAGUGGAAGCAGUAGCGCCGCCGCCGCAGCACAGCAACAGCAAAGCUAUGGAAUUGAUUUGCCCUAUCGAUCAACGCUGUUCUGAUCAAAUCACCUCCCUUCUCCGGCCGCCGUAUCCUCCCUUAGUCCAGGAGUAUUUCGAACAGCUUAUUUCGAAACGCCGAUGCCAAGGCAUCAAAGUGAAACAAAACGGUGAAUUUGGAAAAGGUGUGUUUGCCGAAACGGACUUUGAAGAAGAAGAACUCGUUUUCAAGGAUCAAAUGCUCGUUGGAGCUCAGCAUCCUUCGAACAAGAUUGAUUGUUUAGUUUGUAGUUACUGUUUCAAAUUUAUUGGUUCAAUAGAGCAACAAAUAGGACGAAGAUUCUAUCUGAAAACACUAGGAAUAGGAAUUUCUUCGCAUAAUGGAUGUGAAAGCAAUUCAUCUGAUGAAGUCGAAGACAAUGAAUUUGCUUAUAAUCACCGUAGUGAGCAAAAUGGAGCUUCUAGUAGUUCUAGUAGUACUAUUCCUUUGCCUACAAUGGCUGUUGAGUCGUUAAUGAAUGGUGAAAUGGCAUUGCCUUAUUCCAACAAAUUUCCCUUGCCUUCUAUCAUUUUGUGCCCUGGCGGAUGUGAAGAAGCAUUCUAUUGUAGCAAAUUGUGCGCUGAGGCUGAUUGGGAUUCAUUUCAUUGCUUACUUUGUACUGGAGAGAAAUCAGAGUCUUGUUCUAGAGACGCACUUUUAAAGUUCAUACAACAUGCCAAUGAAACAAAUGACAUUUUCCUCCUUGCUGCCAAGGCAAUUUCUUUCACCAUAUUAAGGUAUCGGAAGUUCAAAGCAUCUCAUCUGAGCAAACAAGAGAACACUGCAUCUAUUAUCUUAGGAACUGAUCCAUCCUUACUUUUGGAGGCUUGGAAGCCAAUAUCAAUUGGACAUAAGAGAAGGUGGUGGGAUUGUAUUUCCUUGCCAGAUGACAUUGAUGCGUCUGAUGAAGGGACAUUUAGGGGGCAAAUUCGGGAGCUUGCAUUUACUUCACUUCAGCUCCUCAAGGAAGCCAUUUUUGACAAGGAAUGUGAGCCAUUAUUCUCCCUUGAAAUCUACGGGCAGAUUAUCGGCAUGUUUGAGCUCAAUAAUCUUGAUCUGGUUGUAGCAUCUCCGGUGGAAGAUUACUUUUUGUACAUCGAUGAUCUUCCACAUUCUGAAAAGAAAGAAGCUGAGAAAAUUACACAACCAUAUCUGGAUGCUCUUGGUGAAGAUUAUUCCAUUUGUUGCCAAGGUACGGCAUUCUUUCCUUUACAGAGCUGCAUGAACCACUCUUGCUGUCCUAAUGCUAAAGCAUUCAAAAGAGAAGAGGAUAGAGACGGCCAAGCGACAAUUGUCGCCCUCCGGCCUAUUUGCAAGGGAGAGGAGGUGACAAUUUCAUACAUAGACGAGGACCUUUCAUUCGAAGAGAGGCAGGCAUUGCUUGCGGAUUACGGCUUUAGAUGCAGGUGCCCCAAGUGUUUGGAUGAAGAACCCUAGACCCUAAGCGACGUGUUGGCCAAAAUUGCCAUUGAAGUGGUUGCCAAAAUGACAAAGAUUACUGCCUUCAGAUUUAAACAAAGUAACUUUUGCUUGGAUUUUGCUCUUGGAGUUAUUUUUCAGAUGAAAAUUAUAUAAAUAUUUUUUCAGCGAAGUAAAAUUAACGUUUUGGAUGUUAAUA